AUGCCGGCGCCUGAGGUUGGAGCAGCUGCCGUCGCUGUUGACCCCCUCUACCCAGCUGAUAAGGUCGCUUCUCCGCCCGGCGGCGAACUUUACGCCUCAGAGGAAGCUGCCAUCAACGAGCCGUCCGUUGUCUCCUUACCUGAGUCUGUCGAGCAACAACAAUGGCUCCUCGCGCCUCUACGUCCCGAACACAUAGGCAAGAAGUGCUUGGUGCUUGAUUUGGAUGAGACGCUGGUGCAUAGUUCCUUCAAGUUGAUCCAUCAAGCGGAUUUCAUCGUGCCGGUUGAUAUUGAGGGACAGCUUCAUGAUGUUUAUGUCAUUAAGCGACCCGGGGUUGAUGCGUUCAUGAAGAAGAUGGGGGAGAUGUAUGAGAUUGUUGUGUUUACUGCGAGUUUGUCAAAGUACGCCGAUCCGGUGCUCGACAUGCUCGACAUCCAUGGCGUCGUGCAUCACCGCCUCUUCCGCGAAUCCUGUUUCAACCACCAAGGAAACUACGUGAAGGAUCUGUCGCAGCUCGGACGUGAUCUUCGGGAUGUUAUCAUCCUCGACAACUCACCGGCAUCGUACAUCUUCCAUCCUAGUCACGCUGUGCCGAUUAGCAGUUGGUUCAACGAUAUGCACGAUACGGAGUUGGUUGACUUGAUCCCGUUCUUGGAGGACUUGACGGGAGUUGGGGAUGUUGGACAGGUGUUGGACGUAUCUUUGUGA